GCCAUGUCACCGGAUCGGCACAACGGAUCGCGAGAAAUCGACGUAGAACCGGGAGAAUCGGAUCAGCUGCCAGAUACCUUCCGGACCAAGUGAGAUCUAGAGAUCGUCGGGGAAUAAUCGGGGAUCGACACGCGUGAUCGGUCCAACAGCUUGCAACCUACGGCCUCCCCGCUGGCCUGGCCAGCUACUAUGCGAAUUGAAGCUCUCAGUACCCUCGUCGCGGUGGUUUGGCUGACCGCAGUCCUGUGCCCGCGGCUUGCUGCCGCCAACAACCUGACUUUAUCCUUCUCCUCUCGUAAGGCCAGGGAACAUCCUUUCAGAGGACAUAUCUCUCGCUGGACGCAGACCUUGGAGGACACGACCAAGCGGAUGACUUAUCGAGAGAUGAACAUGAUUCUGCGACACGAAGGAGGCGAGGACGGCCUGCCAGUCGAUUGCUGCCCUACGGUAGAGGAAAUGGUGGAACCGGUCGGCGGUCGAAAUCGGGAAAACAUGUACGUCCAGCUGUAUCGGGAUGACCAGAACGCCCAGAGGUUCUUCGAGUACUCCUGCAGGCCAGACGUCCUCGACAAGCCGUGCAGGUUCAUCGACCGGAAGUUCACUAACCAGUCCAGAUGUGUGCAGAAGUUCUCGUACACUUACGCUAUCAUUGAAAAUUCUGGAUCGACGGGCGGAAAGGAAGAACAUGGGAGGCACCGGCACAGAGAACGCAUGAUCCCUACGUUUGCCGGGAACACGGUGGGUGGAUCGAUGUGGACGUUGGAUUACAUCAAGGUGCGAAGUGGGUGCAGCUGCGAGGUCAUGCCGAAACCGAAGAAGAAGAAGAAGUACAAGAAGAGCAAGCCAAGGGACCACGACUUGGACUCGGAGACUUGAGAUCCAUGUUGCCGUAGAAUCAGGACAGAUCGUACUCACAAGCACGCGAUACGAACGAUGAAGAAUAUUGCCUCGAACAACGAAUAGUAUCCGUCGAACUUUACGAUCCGA